AUGCCAACUAUAUUAACAUUACCUCACAAGCUUGUGCUCGAAGUUUUUUCCCAUCUACCAACUCGUGAUCUAUGCCGGUACAUGGUCCUUUCUCGAUAUUUUGAUCAAGGAAUAAAAGAAAUUAUCGUAAAACGAUUCCAUAAGGCUUUCUCAAAUCAAAAUAAACGUCUAUUGGUAUUCGUUUCGCGACAUGAUCUACUCAGAUUAGAACAAACUCGCCAUGCAUUUGAUUUUGCAUUUGAAAAUAUAAAUAAUAAAACUCUCACUUCAAUUUUCUCUGUUGAUUCAACACAACCAAAAGGAACAAUUGGACCAAACAAAUCAAAAGUUGAAGGUUUAAAACUUUGUUAUGGCGGUAUCUGGCAUCAAAGGUUAAUAAAUGAUUCUAUACAAUAUUUCGGACUAGGUACUGAAGAACAAGAAGCAAGAAUUUAUAUAUAUGAUACUAAAACGAACCGACCAUAUAGCAAAGCAUGUUUUGUUACAAGCGGUAGAUUAAUAGCUCCUGUGAGUCAAGAUAUAUAUGAAUCUGUUAAAGGAUGGUGGUCUGCACCGCUUUUACCUAAAAAUAAAAAACAAGCUCCAAAGGUCAAAUUUACUGGGAGAAAUAAAAUAAAAGAAAACUCUCAUGGGAUUUCUAAUGUAACUGGAAAAUUUAAAACUAUUUCCAUAAAAGCAAGUUUAUUAUUAAUUACUUUAGAAGAACCAAAAUUUGAUAAAUCUGAUAUUGGUGUUAAAUAUAUACUAAAGGAGGGUGGUGAAGAAUAUUUUAACCAUAAAAAAAAUUGCAUUAUUCAAUAA